AUGGCGACGAGUAGUUAUACGUCAAACAAUUCUCAAUUAUCAUCACAAUUAAAACAUGAGGAAUGGAUGACAAAUUUACCAAAAAAUCUUCAUGAUGAACCCAUUACUAAAAUCGCUAUACCUGGUACACAUGAUUCAUUUGCAUAUUAUUUAACAAGACAAGCUGGACCUGAUUUAGAUACAAAUUUACGACGUAUUUGUUUUUUUAUUUAUCCUAUUAUUAGGAAUUGGAGUCUUACACAAGAUAAAACUUUUACCGAACAAUUAUAUAUGGGUAUUCGUUAUUUUGAUUUACGUGUUUGCCGUACAACAGAUACAAAUUUAUAUUCAAAAUCACCAUUUACAUUUACACAUGGUUUAUUAGGUAAUUUAGUUCGUGAAUGUUUAGAAGAAAUCAAUGAAUUUUUAAAUAAGCAUACAAAAGAAAUAAUUUUACUUGAUUUUAAUCAUUUUUAUGAUUUUAAUGAUCAAUGUGGUCAUGAUCAUUUAAUACAUCUUGUACAUGAAAUAUUUGAAAAGAAACUUUGUACAACAGCAAGAAAAAUAACUGAAUGUACAUUAAAUUAUUUAUGGAAUAAUAAACAACAAGUUAUUUUACUUUAUGAACAACAUCCUGAACAAUGUACAACUUAUAUGGAUCGAAUUGGACAUUUUUUUCAGAUUUGUCAAUCACCAUGGCCAAAUACACCAAAUAUUGAUGAAUUAUUUUUAUUUCUUAAUGAAACUGUAUCAAAAUCUCGACCCAUAACUUGU